GGAUCCUCCCGGACCGGGGCUCGAACCCGUGUCCCCUGCAUCGGCAGGUGGAUUCUCAACCACUGCGCCACCAGGGAAGCCCGGCUGAGUGCUUUUUAUGGGAUUGUCACAUGGCUUGGGAAGUGGGCAUGAGCGCCGUGUGGCAGCUGAAGAAACAGAAGCCCCCCAGGAGGUCCCCACGGAUGGCAUCAGUGCCUCCCUGUCCCCUGGCCCCCCACAGAUGGUAAAGUGGUUCUAUGUGUGUCCGUGGUAUAAAGGGUUGCCCCCAUUCCUGCUCAGAGGACCCCCACUUAGGCACUUUGCAUCAGAGCUGUCCGCUGACAACACACACCUUAUAUGGAGGGUACCUGUGUCAGGGCUGAUGUGAGCAUUUCCACGUUCUAACUCUUUAUAUCCUCACAUCCAUAGGCGAGGAAACAGCCCAGAGGGGGUGUGACUUGCCUCAGUUGCACAGUGAGGAGGGGGCUGGGUGGGAUUUGCACCCAGGCAGCCUCGCUCCAGAGUCUGGGCUCUUAACUACUGUGCACAUGCAGCUCAUAACCAGAUUCCUAAAACCAGAUUCUGAGCCCAUUGCCCUUCUCAGCACGGGUUUCAGACCUUGGGUCCUAAACUGCUGCCUCACAAGCCAGCUCCGGGCCUGAAUUGGGCGCUCACGAUGUUAAAUAACCUUUUAAAAAUCUCACUUCCGGAAGUGUCCCCUGGGCAUUUUGCUGCCUCAGGAGGAGUGAGGUGGGGCAGGCUGCCAUGAGCAGUCGCACAGGUUGUGCACUGCUCAAACCCACCCAUCUAAGGGGCAUCAAGUUUAUUAAGACACUUAGGCAAGGAAGGAGCAUGAGACGCCCUGUGGGCUACUGGGCAGGGGCUGGAGUGUUGAUCAGGGCUAGGAGAGGCCUGCCCCUCCCCGCAGUGAUGGCCCCAGGCAGGUGGCUCUUCUGUGGGGCUGAGCUCCCCCUCCACCCCUCACUGUACUCUCUGCCCGCAGGAGUGGCUGAGCAGGUUUGGCUACCUGCCCCCAGCAGACCCCGACACAGGGCAGCUGCAGACGCCAGAGGAGCUGUCCAAGGCCAUCGUGGCCAUGCAGCAGUUCGGAGGCCUGGAGGCCACUGGCGUCCUGGGUCAGUUCUCAGGGUGCAGUGGGAGAUGGAUGAGGCCCCCCUGGCGCUGAUGAGAACCCCGCGCUGUUCCCUCCCUGACCUCCCAGCCGCAGCCCCGGCUCGAAGGACGCGCCAGGCUCCGGCCCCGACCAAGUGGAGGAAGAGGAACCUGUCAUGGAGGGUCCGCACGUUCCCGCGGGACUCGCCCCUGGGCCGCGACACGGUGCGCGCGCUCAUGCACUACGCGCUCAAAGUCUGGAGCGACCUCACGCCCCUGAACUUCCACGAGGUGGCCGGCAGCGCCGCCGACAUCCAGAUCGACUUCUCCACAGCUGACCACAACGACCGCUACCCCUUCGACGGCCCCGGCGGCGCGGUGGCCCACGCCUUCUUCCCGGGCGACCACCACACCGCAGGGGACACCCACUUUGACGAUGACGAGGCCUGGACGUUCCGCUCCUCAGAUGCCCACGGCAUGGACCUGUUCGCAGUGGCUGUCCACGAGUUUGGCCACGCCAUCGGGCUGAGCCACGUGGCGGCCACACGCUCCAUCAUGCAGCCGUACUACCAGGGCCCGGUGGGUGACCCGCUGCGCUACGGGCUCCCCUAUGAGGACAGGGUACGCGUCUGGCAGCUGUACGGCGUGCGGGAGUCCGUGUCCCCAACGGCACAGCCAGACGCCCCAGAGCCCGAGGAGCCGCCCCUCCUGCCAGAGCCCCCUGAUGAUCGCGCGAGCACCCCGCCCGGGAAGGACGUGCCCCACAGAUGCAGCGGCCACUUUGACGCAGUAGCCCAGAUCCGAGGCGAGGCCUUCUUCUUCAAAGGCAAGUACUUCUGGCGGCUGACCCGGGACCGGCACCUGGUGUCGCUGCAGCCGGCACAGGUGCACCGCUUCUGGCGGGGCCUGCCGCUGCGCCUGGACAGCGUGGAUGCCGUGUACGAGCGCACCAGUGACCACAAGAUCGUCUUCUUCAAAGGAGACAGAUACUGGGUGUUUAAGGACAAUAACGUAGAGGAAGGAUACCCGCGGCCCAUCUCGGACUUCGGCCUCCCGCCGGGCGGCGUCGAUGCUGCCUUCUCCUGGGCUCACAAUGACAAGACUUAUUUCUUUAAGGACCAGCUGUACUGGCGCUACGAUGAGCACACACGGCGCAUGGACCCUGGCCACCCCGCCCAGAGCCCCCCGUGGAGGGGCAUCCCCAGCACGCUCGACGAUGCCACGCCCUGGUCCGAUGGUGCCGCCUACUUCUUCCGCGGCAAGGAGUACUGGAAGGUGCUGGAUGGCGAGCUGGAGGUGGCGCCCGGGUACCCGCAGUCCACGGCCCGGGACUGGCUGGUCUGCAGAGACCCACCCGCUGACCCCGAGGACGCAGACGGAGAGGCAGGGGCCCACGCCCGGCCGGGGCAGCGCGACCACAGCCGCUCAGAGGACGCCUACGAGGUCUGUUCCUGCACCUCCAUCGCCGCCGCAGCACCGCGGGCCGCGGGCCCACUGCUGGCCGCGCUGCUGAGCCUCCUGUGGACAGCGGCCCGGGCCCUGGCGCUGUGACAUUCGGCGCUGGCCUGCGACAGGACAGAAGGGGCUGCAGUCCAGAGCCACGAAGUGCAAGGACUGAUGCCCGCCCCUCCAGCGCCGGAGCCAAGCGUCCCUGCAGAGCGGACCCCGCCUUGCAGACGGGGACGGCGCCGCCAGCCCCCCAGGCCGAGGCCACCGGGUGCAGCCCCCCGACUCGGCAGAGGCCAGCAGAGGGCGCUGCUCCCCGGGCGCGGAUGCUGGGGGAGCUCCCGCCUGGCCUGCCUGCCCUCUGCCAGCUGGGGAGAUUGCGUCACGGCCCGGCCGGGCUGGGGCCGGAAGCCGUCCUUUCGGUGAGCGAGUGACUGAAUCUCACGGAGACUGACCGAGGAGCCAGGGGUAGGCUGGGCUGGGGGCGUUACAUCGGGUCCGCAGACCCUGGCAAGAGCAGCCCGGAGGCCCACGGGCACCCCCUCCCCGUCCCCUGCCGCAGAGCCGCCCCUGGUGCUUCCGCCCGUCCGUGGGGCUUCCUCUCCUGGUCCCAGUGGGCCUGCCGGCUGCCUUGACCAGGGCAGCCGCCUCCACGGGCGAGCCCCCAAGCUGGGGCCGUGGUGGGCUUCCCUUGUGACGCGUUUCAGACAAACACGAUCUCUUCCUGCUUUGUAACGGCUCAGGCUCGGCUCCCUGACGCGCUCAGGCGGUCCGAGCGUGGGCGUCCUCCGGGGCCUGUGCAGCCCUGGCCCCGGACCACCUGCACUCUGGGGUGGGGGGCCUCCAGGGAAGCCUGUGCAGUGGUCACCAACACCUUCCUGCCCAGCGCUUACUUGACGACUCCAUGACCCCUGGGUCAUUACACCCAUUUCACAGAUGGACAAGCUGAGGCCCAGCUCAGGGAAACGAGCCUCCUGCCCGCAGGCAGGGGUCGGGCCGGGUCAGAUCUUAGGCCCUGGGGUUCUGGCACGUUCGCCCAACCCUCCCUGAUGGACGGAGUGCCUACCUGCACGUGCAGGUACUGCUCUCAGUGCGGGACGUGCAGAACGAGACAAGGUUUUGGGUGGGGCACCUGGGACGCUGUCUGCCACCCCGAAUGUCCCUGAGGGCCUCCGAACAGGAAGUGCAGGGAGGUGGCUCCAUCCCAUUGCUCCUUCUGCUUCCGGCUCCAAGGCCAGGAUGGCAGCCACCGCUCUCCCACCCGGAGGGGCAAAGAGUGGGAGCUGUACCCCCUUCACCCGGGAGGGCGACCUUUCCCAGAAGCCCUGGCUGCCUGCCCGCUCUCACUGGCAGGGAGCGAUUCAUCAGUGCUUCUCCUGGGGGUGCGUGGACAUGGGGGUGGGACGGUCCUUGCCCAUCCCUGUCGCAGCCAUAGGUAACCCCAGAGGUAGGGUCACCUGGGUUGAGAACCUCUGGUCUAGAGGAAUCAGCCCCCUCCCUGGGGCUGGGGCAGGUGAACACCUGCAGCAAAAAUGGUGUCAGUUAGAAAGAGGAGGGUAGGUGAUGUGAGCAUCAGGCCAUAAGGGGGUGUGAAGAGCCCCUGCAGGGGCCGCUUUAGAGCAGGGGUUCUCCAGGCGGGGUGCCCAGCCAGCAGCAUCGACAUCACCCAGAGCCGGUAGAAAUGCAGAUUCUCGGGCCUGGCCCUGCCUGCUGAUUAGAAGGCUGGGGGUGGGGCCUGGUGUUACCCUCCCCCCUUUCUGCGAGUGUGAUACACGGGGAAGUUUGUGAACAGCUGCUUUCCAGGGGGCUCCGGAAAGGCCGCCUGAGCCGGGGAAUGAGCUGAAACAGAGAGGAGGAGUUGGUUGUGCAGCGAUCUGAGGGAAGAGGCUGGCCGGGGGCGCGGGGGGGCCGGGGCAGGGCAGGCGCACACGUCCUGGGGUGCAAUGGGCCCGCCCAGCAGGAGCCCCUGCAUCCUGGAGGUUUUCCAGGAGGAGAGCGGGAAGCGCGGGGCCAGCCCACGUGGGGCGUGGGAGGCUGCUUGAAGGCACUGGCACUCGUUCCCUGCAUCGUGGGAGUUACCACCGCCCCCGCUCUAGGGUGAGGCACAGACGUUCGCAUAUUCAGGAGAGAGCUCAGGCUCCCGCAGCUGCACACCUCCACCCCUACCUGAUGCCCAGGUAGCAGAGGCAGGCUCAGGGCCCAUCCUGGGAUGCGUGGAUGCCAUGGCCAGGCAGGCAGUCUCCAGGCCAGGCCACAUCCCACAUCCGUCUGUCCACCAUCUGGUCCCUGGGCCCAGGAAGGGUCUCCGCCCGUCCUACCACACUAAAGGUCCCUCCUGGGGGAACAGGCUACCUCUGCUCAUCAAGGACGCCCCCCCGGGGUCCCACUUCAUUCUCCAGCAGCCUGCGGGGGGGCAGGGGGCAAUCCUAGGCCCUCGUGUAUUUGGGGAAACAGCUCAGAUAGGGUCCCCAGGUCCCCUGGGCACACAGCCCGUGGGUCAGAGCCGGCAGUGGACCGGGUCUACAAGAACCCAGACUCUCUCAUGGUGGGUGAUGGUCUUACUCUCGUGUUAAAACCAAAGACCAUUUUAUAAAACGUUCCCGCUAAUUCUGUCUCACAUGAAGUAAACAGUAGACACAGAAGUGGUGCCUCUCUGUGUUCAGUCCUAAAGGACAAAUUAGCAGUAAAAGUAGUGGCAGCAGGAGCUGCUCCCACCAGGGGCUGCGAACCAGGGGUCUGGGCACUGAACAAACCCAUGGAAACGCUCGGCUUGAGCCCAUCUUUUUAUAAAUACACGUGCUUUCACAUUUUGAAAUAGUCUCAUAUAUACAGAGAAGAUGCAGGUCGAGUACGAGACUUUUUUUUUUUCUUACCUAAAUUAUUUGGGAGCACACUGAUGACCCCGGACACUUUUCUAUAUAUUUCCUGCAAACUAGGACUUUCUCUCAAGUCUCUGUAAGAUCAAGAAAUAAUAGGACACGUCAGACCCCACUUGGUUUCUGCAUUUGUCCCCGCAACAUCGUUUAUUGACAGGACCCAACCCAGCGUCACACUCAGCUGUCCUGAGGUUUUAUGCUCCCGGAGCCUUGGAUUUCCCUUGACCUCCAUGACCUUGGGCCUCGUGAAGGUCACAGGCUGGCUGUCCUGUAGACUGUCCCUCAAUGCCAGCGGCCUCAAGUGUCACCACGGUUCCAUUCCGGUUCUGCAUCUCUGGUAGUAAUGUCGCAGAAUGAUGUUAUGCUCACAUACAAUUUUCAAUUUUAGGUGAGUAUUUAAACACCUGGAGCUUUCAUGUAAAAUUUUGGGUUUUCAGUCAAAAGUCUCUAUUUUCACCCCAAGCUGUGCUGGCUCUACUUGGAGAAGCUGUGGAUCCCCCAGGGAGCCUGCAGCCAUGGUGACAGACCCAGAGAGAUCCCUCAGGAGGAGGUCAGAGGGUUCACACCACACCGGUGAGGGCACAGACCCCGGGCGAGGUCAGCCGUGGAGGCCCAGGUGCUGGCUGACCUCAGCAUGACUGGGCCUUGCAGGGAAACACUCAUGCCUGUGUGCAUGGGUGUCAAGUAUACAAAACGCAUCUACACAGGGGACCCCUGGACCAGAAGGUCUCUGUUCUAGCUCCCAUUUUACAGGUGGGAAAACUGAGGCUCUGGUCUUGGCUCAGGCUGUCAUAACAAAAGCCACAGUGCGGGCUUGAACAGCAGUUAUUUAUUUCUCACAGUCCUGGAGGCUGGACGUCCAAGACCACGGUGACGGCAGAUUGGGUCCCGGUGAGCCUGCUCCGGGCUUGCAGACAGCAAUGUGUUCACAUGGCAGAGAGGGCAAGUCUGGUCUCUUCUUCCUAUAGGGACACUAAGCCCACCAUGAGGGCCCCGUCCUCGUGACCUCCUCUCAGCUGAUCACCUCCCAAGGUCUCAUUUCCAAGUACCAUCACGUCGGGGGUUAGAGCCUCAACAUACGACCGUUGGGGGGACACAGACAUUCAGCCCGUAACACACAGGGAGAGGGGCCCCCAGCACCGCAGCUGCCCCUCGCAUGGGACCGAGGCCAGACCCAGAUUCCAGCCACACCUCAUCCCCUCCUGCCACCUUUCCUAGGAGCAAAUUAUGGGAGGUUAGGAGGCUCUGGGUGACUCACCCUAAAGAAUAAUCAUGAUGGUACAGUUACUGGUACUGUUCUGCACUUCACAGACACAAGGGACGGAAUGUGCUUUGUUUCAUUUUCCAGAUGAGAAAACUGCGGCUCGGAGAGGAGCCGUGAUUUGCUGAAGCUCGGGCACUUGGUGGGCGGGGGAGCUGGGAGUGAACCCGUGACGGUCCUGCUCUGGGGGUCCUCCUCACAGGCUGCCAUGGCCCUCCCUGGGUGGGGAGGGGGUGUGAUUAUGGGACAGCAGUGCGGGUGCCCCUCGUUGGAAUCCCAAGGACGGUGAGCGGGUUUUCCUCCAGGGCUCUGGGGCCAGGCCAGCGCUGGGCCGGUGUCCCUUGCGGCUGUGUGCCCGUGGGCCUCCCACCCCAGCUGGGCAUUGGGCCCCUGCUGGCUCUGCAGCCCCUGCCCUCUCUGAGUGGACAAAGGGUGACAGGACCCCAGUGCGUCCAGAGAAACGAGAGGAAACCAGAGCAGAUGGACCCCAGCACAGCCGCCUGCUCCCCUGCCUCCCCGGGCACUGGGCAGCUCGAGGCUGCGGCAAGCGUUCCCACCUGCCCUCCCCCGUUUCUGGGUUCUCACCCAGGCUGUCGUGGGCUGGCAGCCAGGUGGUGACCAGGGCCGCGUCUUCCUCACCCGCAUGGCUGUGACGCUGGCUGUCUCUGGAGCCCCCGCCUGGCCUGGGCUUCCUUACCUGGCGGCGGCCAGUGCCAAGGGCAGGAGUCCCAGGAGGCUGAGCGGAAGCCACAGGUCACUUCUGCUGGCCUCAUGCCCGCCGGCCCCCAGGGAAGGGGACAGACCCCACCUCUCAGUGGGUGCCAAGUGUCAGUCCACAGUCUGAGAAACCAUGUGAGAUCCAAGGAUUUUGCUCCUCUUGGAAAACUCAGCUGGCCACGCUGCUCCCGUUCGCAUGGGAGAACCAAGGGCCUGAGCCCCCCAGACUUGCUCCCCCGCAGGCGGACAGCAGGCCACCGCGUGCCUCAGGCAGAGACCUCAGCACCCUGCUGUCACCUCCCGCCCGGCUCAUCAGCCCCUCUGACCCCCAGGCAAGCCACCAUCCGCUCUGCCUCUUAACUGUCCUCGGCAUCCGCACUGGCCACUCUCCCAUCUGUUCUCCACACGGCAACCACAGACCAGAUCCCUCUGGUCUCCAAACCCUCCCGUGGAUCCCCUGGCCUUGGGAGUGAGUGUGAGGGCACAAAGCCUGUCCUUACCACGGCCUACAUCUGGCCCCUCGUCCCUGUCCUCCAUCUCCCCUCCCGCCUUCGCUCCAGCCACCCUGACCCAGCCCCUCCCAGACCACAGCUCCUGCCUCAGGGCCUUUGCACACGCAGGUGCCUCCAGUGUCACCUUUGCAGUAGCGCCUCUCUGACCACCUCCCUGGAACCGCAAACGGCCCUCCUUCCCCAUAAACGCACCCACACCCCUUCCCUCCUUUAUUCUCCAUGGUACCCACUACCAUCUGACCCGCUCUAUAGUCAGUUUAGAUACUCAGCUUGUAUUUUGUCGGCUGUCUUUCCUCUCCACUAGAGUGUAAAGAUUUGGCCUAUUUUGUUCAACGCCGUGGUUCUGGCUUACUAAAUGUUUGCUGAGUGAACAAACGAAUGACAGAAAUGCCGCAGGUGGACCCAGGCCCCAUGCUGGCGGCUGGGCCAGGCCUUCUUCUCCCUGAGCCAUCUCAGGACUCCCUCUUCCUCCUGGCCCAGGAAGCGGCCUUUGGGAGGGCGGCCGCUCAAUUUGGGUGAAAACCAGGACUGUCCGGGAUGGACCUGGAUGACUGGCCCCUCGUUCUAGGCCAGACCAGGAGUGCAGCGCCUGACUCGGGGGUAGACUCCCUGGGACCGAAACAAGCCCCAGUCCCAGAGCCUCUCAGUCACGACUCCCUCCUGCGGCCCGUAGUGUUUGAACCUCUCUCCGUUCAGUGUUGGUUUCAGAGGCGAGAGGUAAGCCUCUUGCGGUCAGCUAUCGGGAGGCCCAGGGCUGGUGCAGCAGAGGCCGCCUGGCCGACUGCGGAGAGCACCACAAGGACCUCGAAUCAGCACCAGGUGAAGACGCGAGAAGCAGCGUGACGCACAGCAGACUCAGCAGACAGAUGCCGCUCCGCAGCCUCAGGUCUCCCGGCCCUUUGUUUAGUGAUAACACAUGAGACAUGAAUGAGUGAUUCCUAAACAAUGCGGCCACUCCCUGCCCGGCAGAGCCCUUGUCACAGAGACACAGGGCACAGGACGCAAAGUGCUGACCGAGCCCACAGAGGACACGGGCGGGCCCCCGAGACAGAUGGCACUGCGGCAUUUACUGUCAGACCCAUUUCGCAGUCGCGCCCAGGACCCAACGGGUAAAUGUUUCUUGACUGAUUGCUGGGCACUGGGCUGAGCACCAGAGGUCAGAGGUCAGAGCUGAACAGGAUUUUGUCCUUUCCUCGGGAGGUUUGGAGACCCAGGAGGACAAGGUGCAAGUGCUUGCAGUGGAGAGCGAAAUCGCCAACAAAAAGCACAAAGAUCCGAAGAAUGUUGUGGGGCUCCAAGGACAAAGGACGGCCCUGCUUGAAAAGGUGUCAGCGUCACAGCCCCUACCGGACUCUUACUCACCCGCCCCACCCUGUUGCCAUGGUUACAAAAUUCCUGAGCCCACCUGGGCGACACUCAUCUGAGCAACAGGGACCUGUCCCAAAUAAGCAAAGGCAUCUGCCCCGUCCCACUGCCACCCUACAGAAGGAAGGUGUAUGUGCCUCGACCAAUCAGUAAACGAGAUUUUCACCUCAGACCAUUCCUUUGUUUCCUGGCUAUAAAAACUGAUCAAUAGCACAUGCUCAGGCUCGACUCUCCCAGACUGCUAGGACGUUGGCCCGCUGUUCUGGCAGCGACCCUUCCCUCCAAUAAAUUCUAUCUUCUUUACGUUC